AUGGUGGGCAAAAAAAUUAAGACGGCAAAUUUCACUGAACCAGAAAAUCGUUUGUUGGUCAAAUUGCUGCUGGAAAAUUACAACGAGUACUAUGGCCAUGGCCAUUUGCAAUGCGCAACAAGGGCAGAAAUCGGAGCGGUUAGAGACCGCCUUCACCAAGACUGGUCUGAAAAGAUCAACGCACUAGGACUUUCAAUGCGCACUGCUCAACAAAUUUCUGAGAAGGUCCGGAAAAUCGUCGGCAAGGCUCGCUCCUUUAUAUCUACGGAGAAGCGAACUCAAUUGGGCCUUCCAGUCGAGGGACCACCUGUGCCACUGCAGCCCUAUAUGGAUCCUGUAGUCAUGAAACUGCGCUCGGAAGACGACGUCAACGUUUUCGAUCCUUUUCGAGACUACCAUUCACGAUCUGUAGAGUAUCCAAGUUCACGGGAUGAGGUCGUGGUUAAGGAGGAAUACCCAUCGCAUACGGAUCACCUCAAUGCUCAGGAUAUGCUGGAAGAUAAUGCGAGUUAUUCAAACGGGGAUGUGCCCACUGAACACGAGCCAUCGACGAGUGGAACUUGUCAUUGUGUUACUCGAAAACGCUCCUCUCUGCCAUACCUGAGGAAGCGUUUCUUGAUGAAGAAGAUUGAAAUCGCCGAAGUUCGUUUGCGGAAAGAGAAGAAGCUUCUGGAGUUGGCGGAAAUCCAACUGGAGAAGGAGAAGGAGCUCCGUGGCUACGUAGCGCGGUGA